AUGGAGUCAAGGGCGAACGGGCACGCGAGGCCUCCAACGAACACGAAUGGCAUAGCCCUCAGCCGGUUGACUUCAACCUCUCACCCUCCUCACGAUCGACAUACCGGUCGGGAUCAUCAGGGCUUCCCCUCUAACAAUUACCAUGAAAACAAUGACACAGCAUCGCAAAGAUAUUCGAACGCCAACCGAAAUCGCCGACGAGAGCCUUCACGCCAUCUUACCGCCAUUGAUGUAGCAGCACUCAUCAUUAACAAGAUGAUUGGUACGGGCAUAUUUGUUGGCCCAUACAUAGUACUCAUCAAUUCACCCAGUAAGGCUUUUGCACUUGGAUUAUGGUUCUGCGGUUUGGGCUAUACAAUCCUUAGUAUGAUCAUGUAUCUCGAAUUUGCUCGGAAACUUCCAUUCACUGGGGGGGAACUUGUUUAUCUUGACGAUAUGUUUCAUCGAUAUCCUUUAUUGGCAACUACUCUCUACGCAUUCUACUUCGUUUUCGUCUAUACAACGAGUACGAAUGCCAUGCAAUUUGCCGCACAAUGCUUACUAGCAUCAAGCGGCCAAGUCAGUUUGAAAGACAUCCAGGCUCUUGAUGGAAAUGUCCUACGCUUUCUCGCAGUCGCUGUCACUACCGCAAUUUGCAUGAUGCUUUACCUGUCAAAUUCCAACUCCCGCUUGAUCAACAGAGUCACUGCUCUCUUGAAGCUCAUUCUACUCCUAGUAAUUGCAUGUUUUGGCAUCUCGUUUUUGAGUAAAGGCAAUUCUCAUACAGAUGACUGGCAUAAAGGACCUUCUGACUCGAAGCUGGAACCCCGGGACAUUGCAAAACCAAAAUGGCAGACUGCAUUUAUUACGAUCUUAUACAGCUUUCAUGGAUGGGAGAACGCUACUUUAGUGUCUGGAGAAAUUCCGUCUUUCUCUGUAUUGAAGAAGGGAACUCAAUGGGCUGUGACGAUUGUUGGCGUAGCUUAUCUACUCAUUGCUAUACUCGUAUCUUGCGCCUUCAGUUGGGAUCAGGCUAAAGAAGACGACCCCAAGUACCUUCAGAAUUACGCCGUAGUUUUUUUCGAUGGUCAAGACACCGAUCAGCCAUCUCCAAAAGCAGCUGUAGCGACCGCAGUCCUCAUAGCCCUCUCGGCCAUUGGAAGCAUGAUAAGUGUUACCUACACCUGCGUUCGAGCUGCCGUCGGCUUUGGAUUCAUAUGGUUUAGGCCAGUCGAUGAUCGAUUGAAGCCUCGCGGGUAUCCUGCCGUUGGCUGGUUUCCCGAAAAUUCGCCCCCGCCACAGACUUGGUGGACUAGACGUCGAAGAACCUUUGACUGGUCAAUCGGCGCGCUGACAGACGGCGCUAUACAGGUUCUCCUGGGAGCAUUCAUUUGCUCAGGCAGUCUGUUUCUCAUAGCCAUAGAUGCGUGGACGGGUCCGCAGGCAACCUUUGCCGAUUUUGUCCACCUAAUAAUCAUGAUUUCCCUCAUGAUUGUUGGUUGCUUCUACUGGUGGUUCUUAAUCAGAAAAGCCUCCGCCGAGGAAAUCUACAAGUUGUUCGGAUACCAAUUCAGGCUCCUGAAACAUGGAGUCGAUGAUAACGAAGACGCAGAAAGAGUAUGCUCUUUCUGUCAGGAUUUCCAGGACAUGAGAGAGUCGAGAGAGAUAGACCUGAAUCACCGCCACCCUCAUCAUGGAUUCCUGGAUUUCGUUGAGAUAGAGGUAUGUGGCUAG